AUGGAUGAUUUGGACACUGACAGUGAUAAUAGCGAUCUUAUCUACAUGCCCAACAAUGAUGAUCUUGAGUCACCUGAGAACCUGGCCAGCAACUUUCAUGUGUUUGCUUCUGCAAGUAAAGCAAUCCAAAUUCCCAAGAUAAGUUCUGACCAGGUUAAGGUGAACUUUGAUCCGUCACAUAAUGUGGUUGGUUCACCUGAACUGCAGGCAGCCGUUGAAGACGGUGAUGAUGAAGAUACUGGUGAUGAGAUUGGUCCUCUUUCCAAUGCCAAUACACCCACUGAUAUCGAAAAGGAAAUUUUUUGGAAGACUCCAGAAAAGACUUUUGUGAAAGACAACUUUGAGAGUUUGAGUUUCAGUCCUGCAGCUGGAGAUCGCUUCAUGAAAAAUCUCGAUGAUCUUGAACAGCAGAUGAAUGACCAGUUGAACAGUAGCACACCUCGUCUUAGCAUCUCUACCCGCUUUCUUUCCAGAGCUCAACCUUCAGGAGUGAAGAAUCUGGCCAUUUACAACAGCAUUCAAAGACAGGAAAAUUGGUAUGAUGUAAGUAUGAUGUAG